AUGAUUAGUUUAACUAUAUUUUCAGUAAUAAUAAUAAUAAUUAUUUAUUUCUAUUAUAAACUUAAAAACCUUUACCGCGACCGAUGUUUGUCAACAAUUCCCGGACCCCGACAUCGAUACCCGUUUAUCGGUAAUUUAGAUCUGUUUCGUAUACCUGGUGUUCCUCGUAAUGAAAUCAUUUAUAAAAUAUUAUUAUCGUUAUGCAAUCAAUACAACAAAUAUGGUAUUUAUAAGAUAUUUUUGGGACCGAAACCAGUGGUUGUUAUAUUCAAAUCAAAAUUAAUGAAUACAAUAUUUUCAAGUCAUGUCAAUAUUGAAAAGUCAUAUAUUUAUAAAUUUCUGAGCGUCUUAUGUCUGGAUGGCUUAGCCAUGAGUACCGGUUCGAAAUGGAAAGGUAGACGCAAACUGUUGACACCGGCCUUUCAUUUCAAAAUACUAAACAAUUUUAUACCCAUAAUGAAUGAACAGACAAAUAUAUUUAUGGAUAAAAUACGUAAUCAAUUGGCAAUUGAUAGACAAUCCGUGAUUGAUAUCCGAGAACCGAUAACAUUGUUAACAUUGGAUAUUAUUUGCGAGACUGCAAUGGGCGUACAGGUUGGGGCACAGGUAGGCAAUAAUAGGUCAUACAUUGGGGCCGUACAUGAUUUUGAACAAAUGUUUAUGAAACGUAUAUUUUCGCCGUGGCUUUGGUCGGAUCGACUGUUUUAUUGGACACCAAUGGGCCGUAAAUUUAGUGAAUCGCUGGAUACGCUUCACUCGUUUACCCGCAAUGUUAUCAAUCAAAAGAAACAACAGUUACUUAUCGUUAAUAAUAAUAAUAACGACACAAAAAGUUUGGAUUCAAACGAUAAUAAUAAUGAUAACUAUUUUAUGAAUAAGAAAAAGAAGAAAAGUAUGGCAUUUAUGGAUCUAUUACUUGAUUAUCAUCUGAAGGACAAUCACCAGUUGUUGUUUACUGUGGAGGACAUCAACGAAGAAGUUAAUAUGUUUAUGUAUGCCGGACACGACACCAUUGCCGUCAGUCUCGGUUGGACACUGUAUUUGAUUGGUUUGCAUCCAAGAGUACAGGACAAGAUCGAGGACGAGUUGACCACAAUUUUCGGAUCAGCCGACGACCACCAAAACAACAUCAAUAGAGACAUCACAUCCGAAGAUAUUCAACGUAUGUCUUAUUUGGAUUGUGUACUAAAAGAAUCGUUACGUAUGUAUCCGUCGGCACCGUUUGUUGCCCGACGUUUGGUCGAAGAGUGUGUGGUCAGCGGUGAUGAUGGCGAUGAUGAUUAUGUCAUACCUGCCGGUGUCGAUGUCUUUAUAAUGAUCAGACAAAUGCAUUACGACUCGGAUGUCUUCGCCAAACCCGACCAUUUCAUACCCGAACGCUUUCAAUGCGAGUCCAGUCAAAUAAAUGCCUACAAUUAUAUACCGUUUAGUGCCGGUCCGCGCAAUUGUAUCGGUAAACGGUUUGCCGUAAUUGAAGAGAUGAUAGUAUUGUCGAAAAUUUUGCUAAAUUUUACAAUUGAAUCAAUGGAACCGUUAGAUAGUGUCCAGACGGCCGCCGAAAUCGUUUAUUGCGCUAAAAGUCCCUAA